AUGGCUUGUUAUUACUUAUUAAUUUUCUGUAUUGUUGCCGAGGGAUUACCAAGAUAUCGUCGACAAGGUCUAGGACAAUCUGCUAUGGAACAAUCUCUUAAUUCUGCUCGCACAGGAAGUUGGUCUCAUAAUAUACAAGCUAGUGGUAGUAUGAAUAAUUUCAAAAAUUAUCAGUAUGGCGGACAAAUUGGAGUUGGUAUUCCAGUCUAUAAUAGAGGAUAUAAUAAACCAUCAGUUGGUUUGGGUGCAGCUAUGAGUGGUGGAUACGCAAGGUAUAAUGGUCAAAGGUCUGCAGCAAAACCAGAAUGGGGUGUUGGUGUUGGUGUCAAAAUUCCAUUUGGUCGUGGUUAA